CGUCCUCCCACUCUAACCGCACAUGCGUGGCUCCGGGGCCAUGCAGCGCAGCGAUCAGUGCCCCAGCAGUGCCACCUGUCAGUGUCCAUCAAUGCCAGCUGUCAGUGCUCAUCAAUGCCACCUGCCAGUGCCCAUCAGUGCCACAUCAAUGCCACAUAUCAGUGCCCAUCUGAGCUGCCUUUUAGUGCCACCUAUCAAUGCCAAUCAGUGCCACCUAUCAGUGCUGACAAUCUGUGCCACCUAUCAGUGCCAGUUAGUGCUGCCUAUCAGUGCCAGGCAGUGCUGCCUAUCAGUGUAUAUCAGUGCCGCCUAUCAGUGCCCUUCAGUGCUGCCAGUCAGUGCCACCUAACAGUGCCAGGCAGUGCUGCCUAAAAGUGCC